CUAAUUAACCAAACAAGUUAAACAAUCUUUCUAUCUAUCUAUCUAUCUAUCUAUCUAUCUAUCUACGCUAGCUCAAUUAAUCCACCUUCAAUCUCUGAGCUCUGAGAUAUAUAGAUAAUAUAAUUAUUAAGUAGUGUUCAGUUCAGUUACAUUAAAUGGCGCCGCCGUUGACGACCGUCGCAGUGCGCCGCGGCAAGCCGGUGCUGGUGGGGCCGGCGAAGCCGACGCCGCGCGAGGUGAAGACGCUGUCGGACCUCGACGACCAGGAGGGCAUGCGGUUCUACAGCGCCGGCAUCCACCUCUACCGCGGCGAUCCGGCCAAGGCCGGGCAGGACCCCGCGAAGGUCAUCCGCGCCGCCAUCGCCGAGGCCCUCGUCUACUACUACCCGCUCGCCGGCCGCCUCCGCGAGGAGGCCGGGCGGAAGCUCGUCGUCGACUGCAACGGCCAGGGCCUCAUGUUCGUCGAGGCCGACGCGGACGUCACCGUCGACGACUUUGGCGACGUCCAGGGCCCCCCGUUCCCCUGCUUCGAGCAGUUCGUCUUCGAUCUCGCCCCGGGCGAGGACGAGCGCGUCAUCGACCGCCCGUUGCUCUACCUUCAGGUGACGCGGCUGGCGUGCGGAGGAUUCGUAUUCGGGCAGUGGUUCUCUCACUGCGUAACGGACGCGCCGGGGGGGAUGCAGUUCGAGAAGGCGAUAGGGGAGAUGGCGCGGGGGGCGGCGGCGCCGUCGGUGGCGCCGGUGUGGGCGCGGGAGUUCUUCAGCGCGCGCAGCCCGCCGCGGCCGACGCACGUGCACCUGGAGUACGAGCCGUCGGCGGGGGGGCCGGACAGGCUGAUGGCGGUGCCGCGGAGCGAGAUGGUGCGCGAGCGCUUCUUCUUCGGGCCCAAGGAGAUCGCGGCGCUCCGCAAGCGGGCGCCGCCGCACCUGCGCGCCUCCUCCAGCCGCUUCGAGCUCAUCACGUCCUGCAUCUGGCGCAGCCGCACGGCGGCGCUCGGGUACGGCCCCGACGAGGAGGUGCGCGUGUCGUUCAUCGUCAACGCGCGCGGCCGGAGCAGCAUCCCGGUGCCGCCGGGCUACUACGGCAACGCCUACGCCUUCUCGGUGGCAUCGUCCACCGCCGAGAAGCUCACGGGCAGCCCCAUCGGGUACGCGCUGGAGCUGGUGAAGAAGGCGAAGGCCAACGUCACCUACGAAUACCUGCAGUCGGUGGCCGACCUCAUGGUUCUCCGCGGCCGGCCGCUGUUCACCGUCGCGCGGACGUACAUCGUGUCCGACAUCAGCCACGCCGGCUUCAAGGACGUCGACUUCGGCUGGGGGGAGGCUGUCUACGGGGGCCCCGCCAAGGGCGGGGAGGGCCCCAUCCUCGGCGUCGCCAACUACUACUCGCGCUACAAGAACGACAAGGGCGAGGAGGGCACCGCCGUGCCCGUCUGCCUGCCGCUCGCCGCCAUGGAGAGGUUCCGCUCCGAGGUCCAAAACCUCACCAAGGAGCCCGCGUUCGACCCCUACGAGCAACACGUCGCCAAUUUUAAUACAUAAUAUAGGAUUCACC